AUGGAUUUCAUGGAUAUAGCCAAUACCUUUAUUGAACACUGGUUCGGAACAUUCGAUAAUGCAGAGCAAAGGUCCAAUCUUGUCUCUCUAUACGGGCCCGAGUCGAUGUUGGUAUGGGAAAGCGCGCAGAAACUAGGCUCUGAGGAUAUCAUGGCCACUUUGACUAAGCCCGAGUUGUCUGUUGUGAAAACUGUCGUUUAUACAAGGGAUGCCACUCCAGCUAUUGCGGGGGGCUUCUUGAUCACAGCUACCGGAAGUUUGGCUGUUGAUAAUGACUUCGACAAACCAAUGAGCUUUACCUCAACUUUCCUUCUGCAGCCUAUCCCUGAUACCGAUCAGGGUGGAUAUUUUGUUUACAGCCAAAUUUUCCGACUGGUCAUAGGUUGA